AUGAACACAACGGCAACAAUAUCCCCCACUGCUACAGCUCCAGCCAUAUCUCCCACCGAGACCUGUACACAUCCAAAACCAGGCAAAAAUGGCUAUCUGCCUCCAGAAGCCUGUGAUGCCAUUCUCCUCUAUGUUCCAUCCUUUGGUGCAGCCAUCUUCUUCACGAUCCUGUUCGGGUUGACGACCCUCUGUCACAUCGUUCAAGCUUUCAUCUACAAAAAGAAAUAUGCCUGGGUGGUUAUCAUGGGAGCCAGUUGGGAGUUACUUGCAUUUGUAUUCCGGAUUCUACAAACACGACAACAGGACAGUGUGCCCUUUGCUAGUGCUCACACUAUUCUAUAUCUUCUGGCGCCUUUGUGGAUCAAUGCCUUCAUCUACAUGACCCUAGGCCGGCUCAUCCACUUCUUCAUCCCUGACCAGCGGCUAGGUGGAAUUUCCGCCAACCGAUACGGACUCAUCUUCGUAUGGCUUGAUGUCCUAGCCUUUAUUGUCCAGCUCGCAGGCGCUAGCAUCACCACACAGAACGACGUCCCCACCAGCACCACCAUGCUCGGAAUCCACAUCUACAUGGGCGGUAUCGGACUCCAGGAGUUGUUCGUGCUGAUCUUUGGUGUUCUGGCCAUCCACCUCCACCGUCGAAUGGUACAGAUGGAGAACUACGGGGAAUUGGACCAAGAAAAGGCCACUCGCGGCUCGAUUUCCUGGCGCUGGCUGUUUUGGGCGCUAUAUGCCGCUUUGGCUCUCAUAACCGUCCGAAUCAUCUUCCGUCUAUGCCAGUACGCGCGAGGCACGGAUCCGACGAACCCCAUUCUGACCCACGAGGCAUACGAAUAUGUCCUCGACGCGGCGCUGAUGUUCCUCGCCCUGCUCAUUCUGAAUGUCAUCCACCCUGGUCGGGUGUUGCAAGGUCCGGACUCGGAAUUCCCCAAGGUCAGCAGACAGGAGAAAAAGCGCAUCAAGCAGGAGAGAAAAGAAGCGAAGAGAGCUGAGAAAGAGCGCAAGAGGAGUGGUAAAAACAUGGAAGGACCUUUCGAGUCGCUUUCAAUCCAGGAAGAGGGUAUCUCAUAUGAUUCAAGAGUCUAG